AUGCCGUCCACUGGUGUACAAGGCAAUCAAGUUUUAUUGUAUAUAUUUGGCAUCUUGGCGAUCGUUCUUAAUGGCGUUCUUUUAGCUUCAAUGUACAAAGAGAGAAAGAAGAUAUUUGUCACAAGAAUUUCGUUUCUUGUUGCCAACCUCGCUUUUGCAGAUUGUCUGAAUGGUUUAUUUCUCAUCAUACUAAGGCAGCCUAUCACAGAGAUCGAGUAUAAGAAUAACACUCGGUUACUUGUAGAACUUCCUUUGGUAUGGACUGCAUUUUGCGCAUCCUUACUCACUGUAAUCCUCAUGGCAGCGGAAAGAUUGCUUAUUGUCACGUUACCAAUGGAGUGGUCAACAUUAUUAACGAUCCCUCGUUCACUGCUUUGCAUUCUCGCUGUCUGGCUUCUCUCAAUCGGAUGUGGAGUUGCCAUUCACUACAAGCGAUACUACGCGCAGUUCGUGACAUGUUUAAUCGUGGAAAUCAGCUCUCUGUUCCUCAUUGCAACCCAUAUUUACAUUGUACGGAUGUUACAACGCAGAGAAAUACAACGUAUGGUCGUCAACAAAAACCCGUCCCAGGACUCCCCCUGUCUUCCAACACCUCCCAAUAAAAAUAAUGCUCACAGAAAAGUUACCGUGGUCGUCACCAUUCUCCUGUCCGUGAUGAUUAUCACGUGUGUGCCUUACUUUGCAUGCAUUCAGAUGUUUGUAAUUAAUAACACUUUUGAUAAAACUGUAGCAGAUAAAGUCAACUUAGAAGUAUAUCAUAUAGUACUUACAUACGCGUUUGCACUUCUUUAUGUGAAUUUCUUUAUGAAUCCCAUAAUUUAUGCUUGGCGUUUAAGAAUGUAUCGAAAGGCCUUUUACAGUCUAGUGGGACGAAGCUCGUCGUAA